AUGCUUGUUCUCUUAGGAUUAUUAUGCCUGUUCUCAUUUGGUCUGAGUCUAGGCUUCAACCCGGUUGAGGUGCGGGAUUUGGAUCAAGAUAGUGGCUUGCAGCAAGAUGAUGCAGUCACCCACUUCCCGCCGCCUCGGUGGACAGGUCAACAUACUCAUGAUCCUACAAUUCUGAGGGUUGGCAAUGAGUUUUACUUGUACGAUGUUGGCCAACAUAUCAACAUUCACAGUGCACCUAGUUUGGCUGGUCCAUGGAAGCAGAUUGGAACUGUACUGGACGCCAAUAGUGUUAUCCCUAAAGGCGACCGGGCUGCUCCAUGGGCGCCCACUGUGAUUGAAUUCAACGGUGUCUAUUACUGCUACUACGCUGUGAGCAAAGCUGGAUGUCGUGACAGUGCUAUCGGUGUGGCAACGUCUGGUUCUCCGGGUCCGGGUAAAUGGUAUGACCAUGGUGCAAUCGUGCAGUCAGGAACAGGCAAUGGAUCUGACGUUUCACCCUACACUUCGUCCAAUGCCAUUGAUCCCAGUACUCUGGUUCUUCCCAAUGGCGAAGCAUAUCUCACCUUCGGUAGCUACUGGACUGGAAUCUAUCAAGUUCCUCUUGGCAAAGACUUGCUGUCGCCAAUGAGCACCACAGAGCCAGAUGCUCGUCACCUUGCCUACGAGCCGAAUACAAUCCAUGCACCUAACAGAAAUUCAAACUCACUUUGUGGCGACCCAACUGGCCCACACGCCAUUGAAGGAGCUUUUAUCUCCUACCGAGAUGGAUACUACUAUUUGUGGUUCAGCCAUGGAAACUGCUGCAAUCUUGACCCGAAAAAGCUUCCAGACCCUGGAAAGGAAUAUAGUAUUCGGGUCGGACGCUCGCAGGACCCUCGCGGUCCAUUUAUCGACAAGGCCGGUAAAGAUCUCGUCCAAGGUGGUGGUACCACUAUAUACGGCUCCAAUGGCGAGACAUAUGCACCAGGUGGUCAGGGUGUUCUCCGCAACGGUGAAACGGAUGUCCUCUACUACCACUACCAAAACAAGACUAUUGGAUUGGCAUUCUCCGAUGCCCUCCUUGGUUUCAACCCAUUGACAUACGUCGACGGGUGGCCCGUCGCACAGCCAUGA